AUGGAGUUGCAGUUUGUUGCGCAGGAAAAUGCUCGACGAAACCAAGACCAUUAUCUCUUUGCCGCUGAGAUCGUCCUUAAGUCAACCUAUAUGGACGAUUCUAUUGACAGUGGCGAAAGGGAUGAUGAUGGAGUGGAGCUAUACCGUCAAUUGAAGGCAAUAUGGGAAUUCACCGGCAUGCGAGCUAGGAAGUGGAUCUCCAGUUCACCGAAAACUAUACAAGCGAUGCCGUCUGAGAAACGCACCACAGAGAAUGUGAUUGACAGCGGUCGAGAGCCGAUAAUGAAGACACUGGGAAUUUCGUGGAACAGUACUGAAAACGUGUUUACCGUUGCCGCUUCUCCGGUUUCCCCAGAAUUUCAGACAACAAAGCGAAACUUCCUGCGUAAAGUAGCAACGAUUUGGGACCCACUGGGAUUCGUAUGCCCGUACGUUAUUGUGACGAAAAUUGUACUUAGAAAGCUGUGA